GUUUGAUGUCCUACAGAAUCUGUCUCGCUCUCUCUCUCUACCCUCUAAGUCAAACAACCAGUGUUUCUCCAAGUACCACAGUUUCUUCGCUUCAAUCUACAUCGCCGUCUUCGUCCUCGUCUGUACUCUGUCACAGACAAAAUCAUCUGAGCACUUACACAUCUUCCCCACCUUUCAUUAUCCAAAACCUGAAGACGUACUCUUCACGACAGGAUUGAAGUUGAGAAGCCUAGAGAAAGAGAAAAUGUCUACUGAUGCCAAUGGAGACGGUGAAUCCCCGACUCACCCUUUACUUUCCUCGGGAAUACCAUCCCUUGCAGAGUCCGCGUCCCAAGUGGCCAUUGUUGGAGCCAACUUGUGCCCAAUUGAGAGUCUUGAUUAUGAGAUCUCAGAGAAUGAGUUCUUUAAGCAAGAUUGGAGGACUAGAAGUACAGUCCAGAUAUUUCAGUAUGUGCUCAUGAAGUGGCUGUUGUGUUUCUUGAUUGGUGGGAUUGUUAGCCUUGUUGGGUUUUGCAACAAUCUCGCAGUAGAAAAUGUUGCAGGCAUUAAGUUCGUGGUCACUUCGAAUAUGAUGUUGGCUCAGAGGUUUGUGAUGGCUUUUGUCGUCUUUUCUGUAUCCAACCUUAUGCUCACCUUGUCUGCGGCGCUCAUCACGGCUUUUGUAUCGCCAGCAGCUGCCGGAUCGGGUAUACCAGAAGUAAAGGCUUAUCUGAAUGGCGUGGAUGCGCCAGGAAUUUUUUCACUGAAGACAUUGUUCGUUAAGAUAAUUGGAAGCAUCUCUGCUGUGUCCUCAUCUCUUCUUGUGGGAAAGGCUGGACCUAUGGUGCAUAUCGGUGCGUGUGUUGCUUCGCUGCUUGGUCAGGGCGGGUCAAUGAAAUAUGGCUUGACUUGGUCGUGGUUACAGUUUUUCAAAAACGACAGGGAUAGAAGAGAUCUCGUCACAUGCGGAUCAGCUGCUGGAAUCGCCUCUGCUUUUCGUGCCCCGGUUGGUGGGUUGCUGUUUGCCCUCGAAGAGAUGGCAUCUUGGUGGAGGAGUGCCCUUCUGUGGAGGGCCUUCUAUACGACAGCUAUAGUAGCGAUUGUACUAGGAGCGCUGAUUGAGUUCUGCAACAGUGGAAAAUGUGGGCCAUUUGGUAAGGGCGGGUUAAUAAUGUACGAUGUCACUUCGACAAAUAUCUCGUCUCACCUCCGGGAUGUCCCCCCAGUUCUCCUCCUUGGUGUUCUAGGGGGCUUAUUCGGCAGCUUGCAUAAUUUCUUGCUGGAUAAGGUUCUCCGAGUCUACAAUGUCAUCAAUGGGAAAUGUAGUCGGUACAAGAUUUUACUUGCUUGCUCCAUUUCCAUCUUCACAUCGUGUCUGUUAUUCGGAUUACCGUGGCUUGCAUCUUGUCUACCGUGUCCAGCCAAUACCGAGGAGACCUGUCCUACAAUCGGACAGUCUGGGAACUACAAGAAGUUUCAAUGUCCUUCCGGGCAAUACAACGAUCUCGCCAGCCUCAUCUUUAACACAAAUGACGAUGCAAUCAGAAAUCUCUUUAGCAAAGGCACCGAUAACGAAUUCCAGUAUUCGUCUAUACUCAUUUUUUUUGGCGCCUGCUUUUUCCUCGGCAUAUUUAGCUACGGCAUCGUGGCUCCCACUGGCCUCUUUGUACCAGCAAUUGUGACGGGCGCAUCUUAUGGACGUUUCAUUGGAAUGUUAAUCGGUCCUCACUCAACUCUUGAUCAUGGUCUUUUCGCCGUGCUUGGUGCUGCUUCCUUUCUCGGUGGAACAAUGAGAACGACGGUUUCUUCAUGCGUAAUCCUCCUGGAAUUGACGGAUAACCUGUUAUUGUUACCACUAAUGAUGCUGGUUCUUCUAGUUUCGAAGACGGUCGGAGAUGCCUUUGAUAGCAACAUCUUUGACCUAAUGAUGAAGGCAAAAGGGUUCCCAUAUCUCGAAGCUCAUGCCGAACCAUUCAUGAGACAGCUAACUGUCGGUGAUGUGGUAAAAGGCCCGCUCCAGCUAUUUCACGGCGUUGAGAAGGUUGGAAAUGUUGUACACGUGCUCAGAACUACAAUAAAUAAUGGGUUCCCGGUGAUUGAUGAGCCUCCGCUUUCAGAAUCCCCCGUUUUGUAUGGUGUGAUACUGCGAGCGCAUCUCAUAGAACUACUAAAGAAGAAGGCCUUCCUGUCCUCUCCAGAGCCAACAGGCAUCGAUGUCUCCGAGCAGUUUUCAGUAGUCGAUUUUGCAAAGAAGGGAUCGGGAAAUGCCGACCAAAUAGAGGACAUAGUUGUUACCGAAGAGGAGGAGAACAUGUUCUUGGAUUUGCAUCCAUUCACUAACACUUCGCCUUACACAGUCGUGGAAACGAUGUCAUUAGCAAAAGCUCGCAUACUUUUCCGUGAAGUUGGUUUGAGACACCUGCUAGUGAUUCCAAAGAUCCACAGGAUAUCACCUGUGGUGGGGAUAUUGACGAGACACGAUUUCAUGCCAGAAGACAUAAUAAGCUUGCACCCGGCAUUGACAAGGAGCGGAUGGAAAAGAUGGAGAUUGACGGUUCCUCGUUGGCUAAGUCCAUGUUAGUACGACAAUCUUGCAUUUGAAGAUAGAAAAUCACUUGAUCACCCGUUGAGGAGGGGACUAAUCACGUUGCUUAUGCAACUCAGCUUCAAGCAGAUAAAAAUUGGCCCGAGUCCUGCUGUACUGGAUAUGUCCGAACAAAGUGUUUCACUGCAUACCACCAUAAUGAAAUUUUGAUAUCCCUCUAA